AUUCUUCUUCUUUCCUAAAGAAGGUCCCUCUCUCCCUCUCUCCCUCUCUCUUUAUCUCUCUAAGUGCAAGUAAGUAAAGAAUACAGCAUCAGGUGAACCCAUUUUUCUCUUCUUCAUCAACAAUGGCUGCGGUCUCGAAUCCAAGUAGUUCUUCCGAGAAUCCGAAGAUCAUUGUCGAAAGAAACCCUUCGGAGUCCAGACUGUCUGAGCUGAACAUCAAGUUCUGGCCCAAAUGGGCUUGCCCACCUGGGAAGUAUCGGCUCAAGUUUGAUGCAGAAGAAACGUGCUACCUUCUCAAGGGCAGGGUCAAGGCAUAUUCAAAAGGGUUGUCGGCGUCAGCGCCGGCGUUGUCUGAAGACUUUGUGGAGUUUGCCGCGGGAGACUUGGUGACCAUUCCCAAGGGUAUCAGUUGCACUUGGGACGUGUCCGUUGCUGUCGAUAAGUACUACAAAUUCGAGCCAUCUUCAUCGUCGGCAUCAUCUUCUUCUUAGUCAUUCUCAACAUACUCCUACGUGCAUAAUCAUUGGUGACAUCCAUAAAUACAUAUGCAGUCUCUUGUUAUGUUCGCAGAAUGAUUCUGUAUGUUAGGUGCUUAUUCUUUCAAGAUUAUAUACAUAAAUAUGUCAUCCUCUUCCUGUGUUAACUAAUUAACUAUAGACUUCGGAUCAA